AUGGAAGCUGAAAUCAGAGCCCAGAUCCCUGGCAUCGACCCCGUCCUUUCGGAUUACUCGGUUGGCUACCUGACCCAUGCUGCCAACUCUUUCACCUCUGACGCGGACCCCAAUGGCCCUUCUCCCCUUGAGGAAGCCGCUGCUAGCAUCACCGCCUUGCUCCUUUCCGCAUCGGGCGACCUCAGUGCGCAGAAUGAGACCACGAUCCACAACCUCGUAGACAAGUUCAUUUCGCGCCUCAAUGCCCAGAACGGCACCGACGGCGAGCGCCGCCAGAUGGCCCCGUCAGCCCGGAAGCUGGAUCAAGCAAUCCACGUGGGCUCGCGGACGCACAUGUCCACCACGCUCGGGCUGGCCGGCGGUGGCGUUGAUCUUGAGUCUGCCAACGCCCGCAAAGUAGAGUCCAGGGUCGACCGCAAGAAGCUUGAGAAGGCCGAACGCAAGCUCAAGGCAAAGCAGGACCGCAAGGAAUUCAAGAACGUCGAGUAUGAGGCGUCUAAGCUGCUCAACCAGCCAAAUGAGACCCAGAGCUAUGAGGACUUCUACAUGCAGGUCAACCCAUUGAUGUUGGGCUCAGAUGCUAGCGCAAAGAGCAAGGACAUCAAGAUUGACAGCUUUGACAUCUCCAUCAGUGGCCAGCGUAUACUGUCAGACACGUCUCUAACCCUUGCCUAUGGUCGUAGGUACGGUCUAGUAGGUCAGAAUGGUAUCGGUAAAUCCACACUCUUGAGGGCUUUGAGUCGUCGUGAGGUGGCGAUUCCGACGCAUAUCUCGAUUCUACACGUCGAGCAAGAGAUCAUGGGUGACGACACUCCGGCAUUACAAGCGGUCUUGGAUGCCGAUGUUUGGCGGAAGCACCUUCUCAAGGAGCAGGAUAAAAUCACCAAAGAGCUAGCUGAACUGGAAGCAGAGCGCGCCACCAUGGCCGAUACAUCAGCUGAUGCAGCCGCACUGGACAAGCAGCGAGAAGGUCUUGACCAAACUCUGAGUGACGUUCACUCUAAGCUUGCUGAGAUGGAGUCUGACAAGGCCGAAUCUCGAGCAGCUAGCAUCUUAGCAGGUCUGGGAUUUUCUACAGAGCGUCAACAGUUUGCUACGAGAACAUUCUCCGGUGGUUGGAGGAUGAGAUUGGCUCUCGCGCGAGCACUGUUCUGCGAACCCGAUCUGCUCUUGUUGGAUGAACCGUCGAACAUGUUGGACGUUCCAUCCAUCACGUUCUUAGCAAACUACCUCCAAGGAUAUCCAAGCACUGUGUUGGUCGUAUCUCACGACAGGGCGUUCCUGAACGAGGUAGCCACCGACAUCAUCCACCAACAUUCAGAGCGCCUCGACUACUACAAAGGCGCUAACUUUGAAUCGUUCUACGCCACCAAGGAAGAACGGCGCAAGACAGCUAAGCGAGAAUACGAAAAGCAAAUGGAAGUGCGCGCCCAUCUGCAAGCCUUCAUCGACAAAUUCAGGUACAAUGCAGCGAAGUCGUCAGAAGCACAGUCCAGGAUCAAGAAGCUUGAGAAAAUGCCGGUGCUACAAGCCCCGGAAGCUGAAUAUAGCGUGCAUUUUAAGUUUCCUGAAGUGGAGAAGAUGUCUCCGCCCAUCAUUCAGAUGAGCGGUGUCACCUUCGGCUACAGUCCAGACAAAAUCUUGCUAAAGAAUGUUGACCUGGAUGUGCAGCUCGACUCCCGGAUUGGCAUUGUCGGCCCCAAUGGUGCGGGAAAGACAACAGCUCUAAAGCUGCUCAUCGGCGCCCUCGCGCCGACAUCAGGUUUGAUAUCACAGAAUCCUCGUCUUCGAGUGGGCUUCUUCGCGCAACACCACGUCGACGCCUUGGACCUGAACGACAGCGCAGUGGGCUUCAUGUCGAAGAAGUACCACGGCAGGACGGACGAAGAGUACCGCCGUCACCUCGGCGCUUUCGGUAUCACGGGCAUGACCGGUCUGCAGAAGAUGGAGCUGCUAUCUGGAGGUCAGAAGUCUCGUGUCGCCUUCGCAUGUUUGUCUCUGCAAAACCCGCACAUUCUCGUACUUGACGAGCCGUCCAAUCACUUGGAUAUUGAAGCGAUGGACGCGCUCUCCGACGCGCUGCAGAAGUUCGAGGGCGGUGUGCUGAUGGUCAGCCACGACGUGACGAUGUUGCAGAACGUCUGUAAGAGCUUGUGGGUGUGCGACAACGGCACAAUCGAGCAUUUCGAUGGCACGGUCAAGGACUACAAGAAGAGGAUUACCGCGCAAGCCAACGAGGCGGGUGUAGUUGCGAAACACUAA